GUCGUAGGUCUGUCGGUUCUCCGACUUGUGACGAUAAUGCAUUCGUGGCCUGUGAAGUCAAAGGAGACACUGACUUCUGAAGUUGUGACUUAUGAAGUUGUGACUGAUGUGCUACUUGUGGCCAGGGGAAGCUACAGCUUGACUGGAUCCAAGGUGCUUGGAGAUUCAGACCCAAGGCAAGAGUGUAGGGUGUUGAGUGUUGCCGCGACGCUCAAAGGAGAACUGAGACCACGCGUGUCAAAACUCAGUUCAAAUGAGACUCUUCUCUCCUGUGAAAAGUUCAAAGAAACAUUCGGGCUGAUGAACAACUCUGAAUGGCCCAAGCUCUUGCACUCGGAGGAAAGACGAUUCAAAUGCGACACCUGUGGCAGGGUAUAUCACCAGAAAGAUAAUCUAAAUGCCCAUAUAUGGCUGAAACAUUCAAGUGGGAGGACAAUCAAGUGUGGUGCAUGUGGGGAAUCAUUCAAAGUAAAUCCUGAUUUGGGCCAUCGUGUCAACCAAGUCCAUUCUAUCGAAAAGCCAUUCAUAUGUAAACCAUGUGGAAAAGGAUUCUCGUCAAAGUUGCAGCUUCGACACCCCAUACUUGUUCACACAGUUGAAAAGCCGUUCAAGUGUGAAACCUGCGGCAGUGCAUUUCGUCAGAAAGUUACUCUGCACAUCCACCAGCAGCUCAAACAUUCGAAUAACCGGCCAUUCAAGUGUGAUGAGUGUGGGAAGUCUUUCAAAGUGAAGCCUGGUUUAAGACAGCAUGUCAAGCAAGUCCAUUCCAUUGAGAAGUCAUUCAACUGUGAAACCUGUGGCUGUGCAUUUCAUCACAGAGAUAAUCUGAACCUGCUUCAACAGCAAAAACAUGCAAAAGAAAGGCCAUUCAAGUAUGGUCUCUUGCACUCGGAGGAAAGACGAUUCAAAUGCGACACCUGUGGCAGGGUAUAUCACCAGAAAGAUAAUCUAAAUGCCCAUAUAUGGCUGAAACAUUCAAGUGGGAGGACAAUCAAGUGCGGUGCAUGUGGGGAUUCAUUCAAAGUAAAUCCUGAUUUGGGCCAUCGUGUCAACCAAGUCCAUUCUAUCGAAAAGCCAUUCAUAUGUAAACCAUGUGGAAAAGGAUUCUCGUCAAACUUCGACACCCCAUACUUGUUUCACACAGUUGAAAAGCCGCUCAAGUGUGAAACCUGCGGCAGUGCAUUUCAUCAGAGAGGUGCUCUACACAUCCAUCAGCAGCUCAAACAUUCAAAUGAAAGGCCAUUCAAGUGUGAUGAGUGUGGGAAGUCAUUCAAAGUGAAGUCUAAUUUAAGGCAUCAUGUCAAGCGAGUCCAUUCCAUUGAGAAGCCAUUCACAUGUGAACCAUGUGGAAAGGGAUUCAAGUCAAAGUGUCGACUUCGACGUCAUAUACUUGUGCACACAGAUGAAAAGGCAUUCAAGUGUGAAACCUGUGGCAGUUCAUUUCAUCGCAAAGAUCAUCUGCGCAUCCAUCUACUGCGCAAGCAUACCAAUGAAAGGCCAUUCAAAUGUGAUGUAUGUGCAAAUUCAUUCAAAACAAAAUAUAAUUUAAGGUCCCACACCAAGUGUGUUCAUUCCAGUGAAAAGCCAUUCAAAUGUAAUCAGUGUGGAAAGGCAUUCAAGUGUGAAACCUGUGGCUGUGCAUUUCAUCACAGAGAUAAUCUGAACCUGCUUCAACAGCAAAAACAUGCAAAAGAAAGGCCAUUCAAGUACGCUAAGUCUGUUCCACCAAGAGGCCCUUCAUAUAUGGAGUCCUUGUGUUCCUUGGAAUCCUGUAGCGGUUUCACCAAAGCAUUCAGAGAAGGAGAACUGAGACCACAUUUGCUGCAAUACCAUUCUGAUGAAAAGCUUCUCUAUUGCGAAGAGGACGACAGAGAAUCCAGGUCGAUGAAUGGCCUUGAUGGUCACAAGCUGUUGCACUCGGGGGAAAGACCAUUUAAAUGUGACACAUGCACUUGCGCAUUUUCCUGCAAAUCCAUUCUAAGUGCCCAUAUACAGCAUAAACACUCAAGUGAGAGACCAUUCAAGUGUGGCGAGUGUGGAAAGUCGCUCAAAACAAAAUGCAGCGUCACGUCACCCAAGUCCCAUUCCGUCGAGAAACCAUUCACACGUGAACAGUGUGAAAAGGGAUUCAAGUCAAAGUCCCUGCUUCAACGCCACACCCUCGCGCACACCGACAGAGAGGCCAUUCAAGUGCGAAACCCGCGGCCGUGCAUCUCGUCAGAAAGCUACUCCGCGCAUCCACCAGCAGCUCAAACACUCGAACGACCGGCCAUUCCAGUGCGGCGAGUGCGGGAAGUCCUUCGAAGCGAAGCCUUCAGGCAGCGCACCAGCCACGUCCAUUCCAUCGAGAAGCCAUUCGGCACUGACUCUAAACCGGUUGCCAGUGGAAAACGAAUUAAAAAGAAAAGUGCAGGAAAGAAAUCUCGUGUUCAUAACCCAGCUGAGUCUCCGUGCAGCUCUGACGUAUGUGGAUCUGACCACAGUAAGGACUGCCUUUCACUUGAUGAACAGAAACAUUCUGAUGAAAGACCAUUCAAGUGUCCAUUGUGUGAGAAGACUUUUAGGUUCAUACCAAACUUGCGGCAGCAUGUGACCCACGUUCAUUCCGAUCGGAAGCCAUUCGUAUGCGAACUCUGCGGGAAAGGAUUCAAGACGAGGCAGAAACUCACCCGCCACACUCUCGUGCACACCGACGAGAGGCCCUUUGAGUGCGACACCUGUGGCAUGGCAUUCCAGGUGAAAGGCAGUCUGGACGUCCACGUCCGAUCGAGGCACUCGGAGGAAAGGCCGUUCGAGUGCGGUGUCUGCAGUAAGGCUUUCAAGCUGCAGAAGGGCCUCAAGAGCCAUGAAGUCUGCCACUCCGAGGAGAAGCCGUUCAGGUGUUACUUGUGCUCGUGCUCCUUCAAGAGAAAGGACGAGCUGCAGUCUCAUGUGAUCUUCCAUUUCGAUGGAAAACCAUUCAUUUGUACUCUUUGUAACAAGGCAUUCAAAUCAAAACAAGAAUUAGCUAUACAUCGCCACAGUCAUUCUGAUGAGAAGCACUUUGCAUGUCACCUAUGCAGUCGCAGUUACAAGUGGAGAGGGAAUCUGGUGCAACACGUGGCUCGUGUCCAUUCGAGUCGAGUGCCCGACGAUGGAAAACGAAUUAAAAAGAAAAGUGCAGGAAAGAAAUCUCGUGUUCAUAACCCAGCUGAGUCUCCGUGCAGCUCUGACGUAUGUGGAUCUGACCACAGUAAGGACUGCCUUUCACUUGAUGAACAGAAACAUUCUGAUGAAAGACCAUUCAAGUGUCCAUUGUGUGAGAAGACUUUUAGGUUCAUACCAAACUUGCGGCAGCAUGUGACCCACGUUCAUUCCGAUCGGAAGCCAUUCGUAUGCGAACUCUGCGGGAAAGGAUUCAAGACGAGGCAGAAACUCACCCGCCACACUCUCGUGCACACCGACGAGAGGCCCUUUGAGUGCGACACCUGUGGCAUGGCAUUCCAGGUGAAAGGCAGUCUGGACGUCCACGUCCGAUCGAGGCACUCGGAGGAAAGGCCGUUCGAGUGCGGUGUCUGCAGUAAGGCUUUCAAGCUGCAGAAGGGCCUCAAGAGCCAUGAAGUCUGCCACUCCGAGGAGAAGCCGUUCAGGUGUUACUUGUGCUCGUGCUCCUUCAAGAGAAAGGACGAGCUGCAGUCUCAUGUGAUCUUCCAUUUCGAUGGAAAACCAUUCAUUUGUACUCUUUGUAACAAGGCAUUCAAAUCAAAACAAGAAUUAGCGAUACAUCGCCACAGUCAUUCUGAUGAGAAGCACUUUGCAUGUCACAUAUGCAGUCGCAGUUACAAGUGGAGAGGGAAUCUGGUGCAACACAUGGCUCGUGUCCAUUCGAGUCGAGUGCCCGACGAUGACUCUAAACCGGUUGCCAGUGGAAAACGAAUUAAAAAGAAAAGUGCAGGAAAGAAAUCUCGUGUUCAUAACCCAGCUGAGUCUCCGUGCAGCUCUGACGUAUGUGGAUCUGACCACAGUAAGGACUGCCUUUCACUUGAUGAACAGAAACAUUCUGAUGAAAGACCAUUCAAGUGUCCAUUGUGUGAGAAGACUUUUAGGUUCAUACCAAACUUGCGGCAGCAUGUGACCCACGUUCAUUCCGAUCGGAAGCCAUUCGUAUGCGAACUCUGCGGGAAAGGAUUCAAGACGAGGCAGAAACUCACCCGCCACACUCUCGUGCACACCGACGAGAGGCCCUUUGAGUGCGACACCUGUGGCAUGGCAUUCCAGGUGAAAGGCAGUCUGGACGUCCACGUCCGAUCGAGGCACUCGGAGGAAAGGCCGUUCGAGUGCGGUGUCUGCAGUAAGGCUUUCAAGCUGCAGAAGGGCCUCAAGAGCCAUGAAGUCUGCCACUCCGAGGAGAAGCCGUUCAGGUGUUACUUGUGCUCGUGCUCCUUCAAGAGAAAGGACGAGCUGCAGUCUCAUGUGAUCUUCCAUUUCGAUGGAAAACCAUUCAUUUGUACUCUUUGUAACAAGGCAUUCAAAUCAAAACAAGAAUUAGCUAUACAUCGCCACAGUCAUUCUGAUGAGAAGCACUUUGCAUGUCACCUAUGCAGUCGCAGUUACAAGUGGAGAGGGAAUCUGGUGCAACACGUGGCUCGUGUCCAUUCGAGUCGAGUGCCCGACGAGUCGGUGAAGUCUUCGGCUUUGGGAGGCAUUGCUGAUGCAUAUCUGAACCGGCUCGGCCGUCGCACGUGUCCAGAUGACGUCAUCUUUGACCUGCUGCUCGAGCGAGUGAGAGGAGCCAGUGCCCGGAGGAGAGGGUAG